AUGCAGUUGUGUCCUAAGACCGCCUCCUCCUGGCGGGGAAACCCGUCGCUCCCCUCCCGGGCCUGUAGGCAUUUGUCUGGUCUGACUGGCGGUGCUUAUACGGCUUAUGGAGAAGCUGCCCUGUCUGUAUCAGAUCUCUUCGCGUUGGAUGUGGAGCCCUACCGCUACAGCGGGGUCAACAUGACAGGAUUCCGUAUCCUAAACACAGAGAACAGCCAGGUGUCCUCCAUCAUUGAAAAGUGGUCCAUGGAGCGUCUGCAGGCACCUCCUAAACCAGACUCUGGCCUGCUGGAUGGUUUCAUGACAACAGAUGCUGCCCUGAUGUAUGACGCGGUACAUGUGGUGGCCGUGGCCGUACAGCAGUCUCCUCAAAUCACUGUCAGUUCACUCCAAUGUAACCGCCACAAGCCCUGGCGCUUUGGCAACCGCUUCAUGGCGCUCAUCAAAGAGGCCCACUGGGAUGGUUUGACCGGACGGAUAAAUUUCAACAGGACCAAUGGCCUGAGGACAGAUUUCGAUCUGGAUGUGAUCAGCCUGAAGGAAGAGGGGCUAGAGAAGAUUGGGACAUGGGAUCCUGCAAGUGGUUUGAACAUGACGGAAAACCAGAAGGGAAAGGCAGCCAAUGUGACGGAUUCUCUCUCCAACAGAUCGCUGGUGGUGUCCACUAUACUGGAAGAGCCUUACGUAAUGUUCAAGAAGUCAGAUAAGCCGCUAUACGGUAAUGAUCGCUUCGAGGGCUACUGCAUCGACCUGCUGCGAGAACUGGCUGCCAUCCUGGGCUUCACCUACGAAAUACGACUGGUGGAGGAUGGCAAGUAUGGAGCGCAGGAAGAGAGCACGGGCCAGUGGAAUGGCAUGAUCCAAGAACUGAUGGACCAUAAAGCUGAUCUUGCAGUGGCACCCCUGGCCAUCACGUAUGUGCGGGAGAAGGUCAUCGACUUUUCCAAACCCUUCAUGACACUGGGGAUAAGUAUACUGUACCGCAAACCCAACGGCACCAACCCGGGGGUGUUCUCCUUUCUCAACCCCCUGUCCCCUGACAUCUGGAUGUAUAUUCUGCUCGCUUACUUGGGUGUCAGUUGUGUGCUGUUUGUCAUAGCCAGGUUUAGCCCCUACGAAUGGUAUAACCCCCACCCGUGCAACCCUGACUCGGACGUGGUGGAAAACAAUUUCACCCUGCUAAAUAGUUUCUGGUUCGGAGUUGGAGCUCUCAUGCAGCAAGGAUCUGAGCUCAUGCCCAAAGCCCUUUCCACCAGGAUAGUAGGAGGCAUCUGGUGGUUUUUUACCUUAAUCAUCAUCUCCUCCUACACGGCCAACCUAGCCGCCUUCCUUACCGUGGAGAGAAUGGAAUCUCCAAUUGACUCGGCUGAUGACCUGGCCAAGCAGACCAAGAUUGAGUAUGGAGUGGUGGAGGAUGGCGCUACGAUGACCUUCUUUAAGAAAACAAAGAUCUCCACGUAUGAUAAGAUGUGGGAGUUCAUGAGCAGUCGAAGACAUUCAGUCAUGGUGAAGAGCAUCGAGGAAGGAAUUGAACGUGUACUCACCUCAGAUUAUGCUUUCCUUAUGGAGUCCACCACCAUCGAAUUUGUCACUCAGCGCAACUGCAACCUCACACAGAUCGGAGGCCUCAUAGACUCCAAGGCCUACGGAGUUGGCACCCCAAUGGGGUCCCCUUACAGAGAUAAGAUCACCAUCGCAAUCCUGCAGCUACAGGAAGAAGGGAAGCUUCACAUGAUGAAGGAGAAGUGGUGGCGAGGAAACGGCUGUCCUGAGGAGGAGAAUAAGGAGGCCAGUGCGCUGGGUGUCCAGAACAUCGGCGGCAUUUUCAUAGUGUUGGCUGCGGGACUCGUCCUCUCUGUGUUUGUGGCAGUUGGGGAGUUUCUCUAUAAGUCCAAACAAAACGCACAGCUGGAAAAGAGAUCCUUCUGCAGCGUCAUGGUGGACGAGCUAAGGGUUUCCCUCAAGUGCCAGCGCCGGCUCAAACACAAACCGCAGCCGCCGGUCAUGGUCAAAACGGAUGAAGUCAUCAACAUGCACACCUUCAAUGACCGAAGACUGCCAGGCAAAGAGACCAUGGCUUAAAACGGACACCAGCUCGCUCUUUCUUGAGCUUGGACAAGGAAACUUCACGGGGAGAAAUUUGGGCGGGGAGGAAGUCGGUUUUCUAUACGGGGAAGGGAUCUUAAAUGUCAUUUCAAACAAUUAGUUACUGAAAACAACAGCCGAAACGGAAACACAUUUCCUGUGGAAAUAAAUCGAGUCUGGGCAAAAUUUUAGUUACCUCAUCGGUCCAGAUCACCAAGACUGACCGGUGCCAGCGUUCAGGGUAACUUUUAGCAGGAAAUACACACACAGCUAGAGGAGUGUGACGGAAGGAGGUUUGUCUGCUCAUUAUGUUCAUAUUAUGUUUGGUUUGAUGACACACUUGGCUGUUGUCCAUCCACAGAGAGCAGCUGAGUCCUUUAGAGAGAACAAGGAGACGCAUCCUGACAAAUACAGAAGCAAAAGACGGACAGGUUUUUAACACAUACAGUAUCUGUGCUACUUUUAGGAGCAAAAAAAAAAAAAAGUACUCUGAAACAAUCAGUUCGCAGCACUCUUUGCUGAGCAGCACAGCAAUAUCACUGAAAUCAUUCAGCGUGCUUCACACCCACUCUCGCAAGCAAUGGAAGCAGGACACAGCAACAGGCAAUAUACCACUUUCAUUUCUUUGCAUUUUCAGGCCCCUGCUGAGUGUCACAAUGACUAAUGGUGAAUCUCACAAAAACAUGUUCGACUCGCAACAUAUUUCGACAUUUGUGUUUAUUUUAAGCAUAUUAAAACCAUUGCACAAUUGAAUAUUUCCUGUCCAAAUUUACAGUACCCUACAAAAAAUAUCAGUUUUUGUUCAAUUACAGUGAAAAUAUGUAAACAUGACUAAAAUAAGAUACUUUUAAUGGAGAAGCAACAUUUCAUAAGAUGAGACUUAAAUUGUCUGUGCAUUUUUUUUUUUACUUUAUUGUUUUUGUUGUUUUAAAUGUGCAGACGACAUAAUGCAUCUGCAUAUUUUUUUUUAUUACGCUUAUUAGUGAUUCUAUUCUACAGA